ACUGAGCGUCUGCGAAACAUACUCAAUCCCGACUGCCCUCCCACUGUUUUAUGCCAACGAGACCCGCACAUUCAUCCCGGAAAGAAGAACAGAUCAGUACUAGAACAUAUUUACAUCCUUUUCUGACACAGACCCUUCAACAUGGAGAACAACGCGAACAAAAAGACCGUUCAAUUCUGCUCGGACUUCCUGUCGAAUCACUUACACACGUCACUUCGUAUCUCACUCCGCCCUCACUCAUCGCCCUCGGCAGCACUUGUAGGCGCUUGCACGGCCACGUAAACGAUGACAAUACGUGGUAUCGUGCGUUCCUUACUCAGGUAGUCGGUGCCCAUCCAGAACGCCCCCUCGACGAAGGAAAUGUUAUUCUGUUGAGGAGGGUAGCACGUACCUGGAGGGCGGAGUUUGUGUCGAGGUACAUGCUCAGACAGCAGUGGGAGCGUGCCCGCACACCGUGUAUCACUCACACGCCUCAGGACACGACCGUUGACAGCAUCUACCUCGUCUCGCCGUAUAUCCAGUCUUCCCUAUUCCCCCACUUCCCCUACUCCAAUCAGCGCGAUCAGCCUGCAGGGCCUGGGCCAGCACUUCUGACCAUAUCCCUCCAAUACGGAACUAUCGCACGCUCCUUCCCGCUCACGGGGAAAGUCCUCAAAGGAUACCUCGAUCCAUCGGGCACUGGUCCUGGGAUUGGGAAUCCGAAUGCCGAGUUCACACCCGACGUUUCGGCAUGUGAGAUCAUGUCUUCAUCUUCUUCCGAGUCUAAGGGAAGCGUGAGCGUAGUUUGGGGUAAACGCAAUGGCGAAAUUCUCCUCACUACCACCAGCAGGGCGUUUGUGCCCGCAUCGGGUUUCACGACUUCCAGUGUGGUGCGGUGCAGCGUCCAAGAUUUGCACCAUGGCGCCGUGAAUAAAAUCGUCAUCGAUUCGCUCUCGAAGACAUUCCUUUCGGCUGGAGGAGACGGAAGAGUGAAAUUAUGGAGCUGGGAUCGACAGAACCUGAACUGCUUGUGGACUUCUGAGCAAAGCCGGGUGUCAUUGGUUCCAGAUGGAAUCGUUGGCCUGGCAGGAGGCUUGAGCUCUGGCGUGAUCGUAGGAGUGCUGGCUAGUGGCGAUAUUUGUGUGUGGUGGGUUCCGUCUGUGAUUGAUGUGGGUACGGCCGCUAUUGCACUCCCCGAACUGAGGAUCGGUGAUCCGACAAAGAGUGGCGGAGGUCAGGGACAGUCGGACGCAGGUCAUGCUCUGAGCAGACAAACCCCAAAACUCAAAGCUAUACAUAUUCUGCGCGGUCCUCGUUACUCGUCCACCCCACCUAAUUCUCCGUUGUCGCCGUCUGCCGCAAUGACCUCCACCGACACACUUGGGAUCACGCAGUUCGGAGACGGAGAGUGUGGGUGCUCCCUUUCUGCCCUCGAGGUCGUGAGUUCUGUUGUGGAGCCUACCGUAUGCUCCCCUCGGCCUGCUCCCUCAAGAGAGGGAAGCGGGGGACGAACGAGAGAGCGAGAGUUCGUGAUUGCAGGUGAUUGCAUGGGGUUCGUCAGCUUUUAUGAUAUCGACGCGCCUGCUACCCCUGCGGCGUCAUAUAACUCAACAUCCUCGCCAACGUCGAUCACGCCAGCAACAUUGUUGCGCGUAUCGACACCCAAACACAAAUUUUCGGCCCACACCGAUGGAUCUAUCACAUCUAUUGCAUGGACCGCAUAUGUGUUUGUGACAGGCUCGCAGCGAGGGAGCGUGGCUGUUUGGGAUAGCAUUACUUUAGAAGAGGUGAGGAGGUUCGAUUCCUUGCAGUUUUCUCAUCGCCCUACUCGUUUCCCUCUUCUUGCCCCUCCUGCUCCGGACCUUGGGGAUGGGGGUGGGGGUGGGAAUGAGAAUGAGAAUGCCGAAAGAGCAGAUGCGGAAGGAGAUGGAGAUGGCGUGAGCAAGAUACUCAUUGAGAAUCAGAUGGUGGUGGUUGUUCGAGGGAAUAGAGUUAUGACGUGGCAUGCCGGGGACAUGAGACGUCUAGGGAAGGCAAGAUGUCAUGUGCGGGGGAAGAAAGUCAAUCAGGGGAAAAGGAUGGAAAGAGGGGUUGCGAAGGGACUGGACCAAUAUGAUUUCCAAAUGUCCAUCGCAGACUCAAUCAGUGAGAUCACGCAUGAAAGGGAACAUGCGGCAUACGAGAGGGAGCGGAUGAUGCGCACUAUAGGGAGGGUUAGGGAGGAAAGAGAAGGACUGGAAAACUUGGGGUUGGACGAGACUGAGGCUGUCGAGUAUGUGAUGUGGCUGUCGAGGGAGGAGUCUGUGAAGGAGGUGGGGGAGAAAGUUGAAACUAAGGCUGGAGAAGAAGUUCAUGAAGGCGACCUCGAAAAUUUACUUGGUGAUACGUUCACUCCCGAUAUGGGAUCAACGUCAGAGAGGGCAGCACAGGCGAUAUCGUCCUUGGCGGAAGAAGAUUUCCUACCUGUCCCUCGGAGGAGUGCAAGUGAAUCACCCACACCAAGUAACUCCUCACCAUCAACUUCACUGUUAGAUUCGGAAUCUGGGUCGGUGUGGGGAUCUGUGUCAGCCCAUCUGUCGUUCCCGACUCCGAGUCUUGAACGCGAACGUCGCCAAUCGCGAUCAGUGUGGGGGAGUGGACAAGGGGCGUCGUCAUCUGGCACUAGCGCAUCUGUUUUGGCCCCUGGAUGGGGGGAUGACGAUGACUUGAGGUUCGCAAUCGAGUUGAGUCUUGCUGAGGCUCAGAGUCGCGGAGACGUUUUGUGAGUGUGCCCUUAGACUAUGGUACGGGCGAAUAGGGCAAGUGUGCUUCCCCGACUUAUCGUCAUUUUUUCUUCUUCUAUGAAUCCUUUUCUUUUUUUCUUGUAUGCGAGCCACUCGGUAUCGACGUAGAAUGGGAGUAUUAUUGUCUGUGUAGUGUAAAUAACCGUCGUUCGUGUUUGAACGCUGGAACGUAUAUAUAGCAACAACG